CUGGUUUUCCAACCAAGUUUGAGGGACUUAACAUUGGAAGUCUUCGCAUAAAAGAUGGAUCCUUUUUUCUUAAAACUUUGAGAGAACUUGAAUCAUGUUCCUUCUCCUCUGUAAUCAACAGCCUUUAUAAUUCUUUCAGGGAGAUUUCUGCUGAGAUAUAAUAGAGAGAGAAAAGAUGAAGUUCUCUCUCAAGCUUCCGGAGGACCAAGACCAAAAUCAUCAUCAUCAUAGUCCACUGUUGAAGGCAAAGAUACCCAUAACCAUGUUCAACCAACCUUUUCUCACUUCAAUCUCCACCACCACCAGCUCUCCUUCUCCUGACCUUUCCUUCUCCUUCUCCUCCAGCUUCCCUUCUGGUCCUUCCCUCAAGCUUUCCUACUCUCCCACCUCUACAGCCUCCAAUCCUUUCUCUAUAUCCCUCAAGUCUGGGCUUGGCCUUUUUGGCUCCCCAAAUAAUUCUCCUCUUGUUUUCACUGCUCAAUUCUCUCCUUCUCCAAUAAAUCCCACUUUCUCUCUCCAUUUCAAACCUCAAUUUGGCAACUUUUCUCUGAAAAAAACCACCUUUUCACACCCUGAUAACAAUCCGGUUUCUGGGUCUUACUCCAAUGAUGCUGUGACUUUGGAUUCUGGGUCAUAUUUGAAUGUUGAGUCUGGAGAUGGGUUUGCACCUGAAGGUCCAUCUUCAGUUUGGCAGGAGCUCAAAUUGGAGCCUUGUGGUGGCAGAGAUGGGUUUUUGAACAGUGGUUUUGUGGAGAGAAAUGGGGUUACCUCAAGUAGUGGAACUGGGCUUGAGCCAGAGAGACAGUCUGCUUGGAAGAAUGGAGGGAAAGAUGAUGGGGUUUUCUCUGGAAUUGCUGUGAUGGCAAGGACUGUAUUGCCUGUGACCAAGAGUGUUGUGGUCAAUAUGCGCUGGGGUCUGAAUUUGCCUGCCAAUUUGGGAACCAAGUUUCCAUAUUUGGCUUUGAACAAGAUUGGCAUAGAGAGAGUUGAGGAAGUGAAGGAGGAGGAGAAGAAGAAGAAGAAGAAGAAUGAUGGAACUGAGAGUGAUGUGGCUGAUAUGGAAGUGUUGAAGGGUAUGUGUUUUUGGAUGAGCAGAGAUUUGGAGCUUUUGGAGAAAGAGAAUAGGGAGAUGAAACAGAGUUUGGAGCAGAUAAAGUUGGGAGUUUCAGGAAGGCAUUAUCAAAGGGAGAGUGAUGGUGGUGAGGAGAAGGUGUUGCAGCCUACAAGAGAGAGCUCUGGUGAGUUUGAACGAUGGAGGAGCAAGAAAAGUGUCAAUGAAGACAAUGAGCGAAGAGAGUCAAAGAAGCCUACCACUCAGGCUAGCGAUUUGGAAUCUGAAUUGCAGAAAGCUAUCAAGGCUGCUUCUGCUUAGCAAGGUUUUGUGUAUUUGUGGGUACUUUAUUCUUGCUUUGAGUUGGAAUGUAUAUAAAAAUCAAGCCUUUAUUUUUUGGAAGUCCACGACCAUGUGUAUUUGUGGGUACUUUAUUCUUGCUUUGAGUUGGAAUGUAUAUAAAAAUCAAGCCUUUUUUUUUUUUUUAGUUUUUUUUGUUUUUUUUGGGUGGAAGUCCAAGACCAGGCUAUCUUCUUUUCAUACUUGAUGCAGUGAAGUUGUUACACUGAUAGUAUAUAGCAGGAUUGUUUUAUGACUUCGGAGAUGGAAUAGUGUAAACCUAACCAUGAAAAACUUGGUAAUCGGUUUUAGAGGUUGCACCAAUUGAUUAUAAUUUAUGAACCUUCUGGUGCUACUAAAUAUGAAUAAUUCAUUUUGAAGAUCAUCUUUUCAGUGCUUUUUUGAGUUUUGCUCCCUUUGUUGGUAAUUCUUACGUUCUUAUGUUGGCUUCUUUGUUUCGGUUGAUAGCAUGUUUAAUUUGUAGUUACUAAAUUUUGAAUAAUUCAUAUGCAAAUAUGUGUUUGUGUGUGUGUGUGUGUGUGUGAAUGGAGAAGACUUUUUUAUGAGCUUGUUUACAAUUUUCAUUGCAAGGUGACAGUUUUUAGAGGCUAAUAUUUAGUAUGGUUAACUUCCUGUGUAUGCUCAUGUGAAAAAAUAGAAGUUGCCUAAGGAAUUUUAAAUGAUUAUGUGCUAGGUUUUAUACUUUUAUGACCUUGAUAUGAGCGUUGGAUUCAGGCACCUGUUUCCUUUUUUUUACUUUCUUUGAAAGUUUCUGAGCAUUAUUAUUAAUGGUAAUAUUAUUCUAAUGUUGUCAUAUAACUAAAGUAAUACUCUGUGGAUACUUGAAAGGAACAACGAUAAAUGGAAAAAAUUGUGGAAAUCAAACGAUGAAGGUGAUAUGUAUGAAAUGAUGAUGAUGGAACAAUUCAACAAUGUUAUGUCAUAAAUCUGAGUGAGUAUGGCUUGAUGCUAAUAUGUGCACUAGUGGUCGGAUCUGACAUGGCUUUGAAUGUUGUUGAUGUGGCUAAAUUUAAAUUGUUAUUCCUGAUCCUAUAUGAUCAAGCAUACAAGAGCUUGAGCUGCCACUUUGUGAAGGAUCAAUUUCUUAUGAAUAACAAAUCUUUAAGGUGAUUCCUGGUGAGUGUGAGCUUUUUAAAUGUUUUAUGUAGAAUUGAUGCUUUUUAUGGUAGCUUAUUCUGAUAACUCUGACUCAAUAAGUCUUUAAAUUAUUUUCAAUUAUGUUUUCCUUUUCUUCUGUUAGAAGGUAGUUUAGAUCUAUAUGUCUAAGGCAGUUUUAUAUUGAUGCACUGUGAGUCUGCCACCUUGCAUUAUGAGAUAGCAAAAACUCAACAAAAUGUAUUUUCCUAUUUUGGCUGGAGUAUUACAAGAAACCAGAAAAACUCAUUCUAUAAGGUUUUCAAGGGUUUAUUUGAUUUCACCUAGAAGAAAAAAAGAUUUUGAGCCAUCAAUCAAAACAGAAAAACUGCGGACCAAGACCAUGGUCGGAACACAAACUUGGUUUUUGAGAAAUUUUGACCAUUCAUACUAGUUAUUGAUUAUUGAUUUUAUGUUGAUUGUGGAAGUGACUGAUAGUUCUAUACUUGGCACAGGACAUGGAUGAUAUCUGUUUGAGUAGUCAAGUCUUUGUGCAAGAGGAGGUUGAUAAUCCAUUUUUGAGCAGCAUGCAGUAAGCAAAAAAGGUGGAGCCUUCUGCCAGUUUGUUGUCCUAGGCUGCUGGCAAGUUGGUGUUCCAUUUGUUUGGUCUGAAACAAGUUUAAGGACUUCAUCUUCUUCCUCACAAUUUUGCAGUAUUUUGGGUAUAAAUUGGUUGCAAGUUGCAACAUUGUGUACAAGACCUGGUUAGAUAGUUUCAAUUCACAGUAUUGAUGCCAUGAACUGAAGCAAUAUUGCGCAAAUGGACAUUGAUGGUUAUGCUGCUGACAGUCUCAACAAGAGUAAUAAUUGCUACUGCAGCCUUCACCAAGUUUUCGAUGUUGCUUGUGCUCUGUGCUCUCAACAUGUUACUGCUUUCUUUCUAAAUAGUGGAAUGAUAUCUUUAGCAGUGAAGUCCAAGACAAGUUAUUUGGUGAAUUGUGUGGUAGUUGAUAGUGGAGAACUAAUAUCAAGGCGUCAUUUAAAUGUGUGUAGCAAAAGUGCGACUCUAACUUCAAUAACAGGUGAAUGUGAUCUUCUGUAAAUUUGAUGGUGCUGGUACUGACAUGAAACUUAAGAGUAUUUUUUUCUUUGUAUAUUAAAAAAUGCAAUUGACCUUU